ACGAGCGUUUUCAAUACGUUCGAAAGACAUCGUAAGAUAAAAUAAAAACAACAGAAUAGAUCCAACAAUGUCGACCACUAAUGUUUCAGUGUUGUAUAAAAAUAAAAAUAACUUUUUAUUUUUAUACAACACAAAGUAAAAACCAUGGCUUUGGAAGCAGACCAUUAAAAAAAUUGUAUUAUCACAAAGAACAUCCCGAAUUCAUAAAUGACAAUUCACAAGAGCAAAUUCUAUUUGUGGUCCGGUUUAUUGGAAAUGCGAGUUCAACAUCAAACCGCAAGAGGGCGGCAGAGUGAUUUUGUACGACCUGUGUGGAGUUCCAUCCUCUCCCAAUUCGAGGUGAAAAUCAGUACUAAACCGAUAGGGGGUGAAGAUCCGUGAUAAACCAAUAGGGGGGCGACAGACCGUGUUAAAGAUCCUUACUGAACCAAUAGGGGGCGAUAGUGCGUGUAAAAGAUCCGUACUAAACCAAUAGGAGGCGACAAAGCGGGUUAUUACAGUCUGCAAGGGAUGUAUUAGCUGAGCUGCUGCUGAUGACGCUGUGCACAACCAGAGACUUUCAUCUGAAUAUACAAGAUACGUAUCAAACAUCAAACAUCCAACUCGCCCAGUAUCUAGACGUUUGAAAGUAUUUGAACAUUCGAGAGGACAAGUCUUGAACCUAAUCGUUCGUUGGUCUACGGGAGAAUCCGCCGGCAUGUUUUACACCUGUGGACCCAAUGAGGCGAUGGUGGUGUCGGGGUUCUGCCGCUCCCCCCCCCUGAUGAUUGCUGGGGGACGCGUCUUCAUCUUCCCCUGUGUCCAGAAGCUCCAGAGGAUCUCUCUCAACACCAUGACUCUGAGUGUGAAGAGUGACAAGGUGUACACGCGUCACGGCGUCCCCGUGUCGGUCACCGGCAUCGCCCAGAUGAAGAUCCAGGGGCAGAACAAGGAGAUGCUGGCGGCGGCCUGCCAGAUGUUCAUGGGGAAGAGCGAGGGGGAGAUCGCCCACAUCGCCCUGGAGACCCUUGAGGGCCACCAGAGGGCCAUCAUCGCCCACCUCACCGUGGAGGAGAUCUACAAGGACCGGCAGAAGUUCUCGGAGCAGGUGUUCAAGGUGGCGUCGUCAGACCUGGUGAACAUGGGCAUCAGCGUGGUCAGCUACACCCUGAAGGACGUCCACGACGACCAGGACUACCUCCACUCCCUGGGGAAGGCCCGCACCGCGCAGGUCCAGAAGGACGCCCGCAUCGGGGAGGCGCUCAACAAGAGGGACGCCGUGAUCAGGGAGGCCCAUGCGAUGCAGGAGAAGAUCUCUGCUCAGUUUAAGAACGAGAUCGAGAUGGCCAAGGCCCAGCGGGACUACGAGCUGAAGAAGGCCAGCUACGACAUCGAGGUCUUCACCAAGAAGGCCGAGUCAGAGAUGGCCUAUCAGCUGCAGGUGGCGAAGACGAAGCAGUGCAUCGAGGAGGAGAAGAUGCAGGUGCAGGUGGUGGAGCGGGCGCAGCAGAUCCUGCUGCAGGAGCAGGAGAUCACGCGGCGCGAGAUGGAGCUGGAGGCCCGGGUGAAGAGGCCCGCCGAGGCUGAGCGAUACCGCACCGAGAGGCUGGCCGAGGCCCAGCGUCUCCAAAUGAUCAUGGCAGCAGAGGCUGAGGCAGAGUCCAUCAGGAUGAAGGGCGAGGCGGAGGCCUUUGCGGUGGAGGCCAAAGGCCGUGCGGAGGCAGAGCAGAUGGCCAAGAAGGCCGAAGCCUUCCAGCAGUACAAAGAGGGAGCCAUGGUGGACAUGCUGCUGGAGAAACUGCCUCUGAUGGCGGAAGAGAUUGCCAGGCCCCUCGCCUCCGCCCACAAGGUGACGAUGAUUUCCAGCGGGGGCGGAGAAGUGGGCGCGUCCAAGCUGACGGGGGAGGUGCUAGACAUCAUGACACGCCUCCCGGAGACGGUGGAGAAACUGACUGGUGUCCGCAUUUCCCAGGUGACCUGUUCUGGCUGAAGGGGGUCUUCUGGACCCUGUGGCCGGCCAGUCAAUACCCCGUCUGGGUCUGCUGCAUGUCUCUACUGCCUUACUAACCCCGCCCCUCCCAACCGCCCCCUGUGUACCCUUCAGACCCCCCCCC